AUGAGCGACGCCGCCGCCGCCGCCGCCGCGCCGCCGUCCACGGAGACGGCGGACGUGCCGCCCAACCACACGCUCUAUUUAAACAACCUGAAUGACAAGAUCAAGGCCGACCGCAUGAAGGCCACGCUCUACGCGAGCCUCUCGCAGCACGGCAAGAUCCUCGAGAUCGUAAUGGGCCGCGCGCGGCGCCUGCGCGGCCAGGCCUGGGUCACGUUCGACGACAUCCCGAGCGCCUCCAACGCGCUGCGCGCCGUGAACGGCUCCGUGCUGUUCGACAAGCCCGUGGUCAUCCACUUCGCCAAGGAGAAGGCCGACGUGAUCGCGCGCCGCGAGGGCUCCUUCGUCCCGCGCGAGAAGCGGAAGCGCGAUCCCAAGCCGGCGCAGCAGCAGCAGCAGGCCAAGAAGCAGGCGGGUGAGGGCGGCGCAGCAGGGUCCUCGGGCUCAGUGCCCCCUCCGCCCCCGCCGGCGCAGAACGUGCCCAACAAGAUCCUGUUCCUGGAGGCGCUGCCCGAGUCCUGCAACAAGGAGAUGCUGAGCGUGCUGUUCAAGCAGUACCAGGGCUUCAAGGAGGUGCGGAUGGUGCCCGGCAAGAAGGGGCUGGCGUUCGUGGAGUUCGGCGACGAGGCGCAGGCCGCCAUCGCGCUGCAAGGACUCUUCGGCUUCAAGCUCACGCCGACGGACGCGCUCAAGGUGUCGUUCGCCAAGAAGUAG